UUUUUUAGGAAACAUUGUUUCUGGAACAACUUGCGGCAAUCGACGAACGAGUUAGAUUUCAGGUUCCAAUGGAGAUUGAGCAUGGUCGCGCAUUUCUAGAGUGCGCUUUAACUGGGAAGAAGAUAUCACAGUCUACAAUAAUGCACGCAUAUCAAACCUGUAUCAAGAGAAUUGUACGGUUCGCCAACAGUCUUCAGGAUUUUGUUGAACUGCCUCCUGAGGAUAUGCACAAAUUGUUGGUGGCGAACACGGUGAACAUGAUCAAUAUAAGGAUUGCAAGAUGGUUUAAUCCAAAGACUAAUCUCGAAUCCCAGCUGUCUCUGUGUUGUACUGGAGUCGACUUGUACAAGGAGGUUUCAAUACAACACGACUUGGACUCAUCGUUUGUUGAGGCCCCUGUGAACCAGGAGGAUGUAUUUGUCUCCCCCUGGUGCUGCGAUUCGUCAUACGAGGAUAGAUACUUUGCUCUAAUGAACUCAAUACACGCGUUACCUAUGGACACUACCUCCAUGGUCCUCCUAUCGGUCAUGACCUUGUUUGAUUCGGAGAAAACGACUGGUCUUCAAAACUUUGAAAUGAUUCUCUCUCAUGAGAAGAAAUUUUCUCUCCUUCUGUACAGGGAAAUGGCGGAGAUAUUAAUCAACAAGAGACUUUUGUAAGGAAAGGAAGUGAAGACAAACUCUAAUUGUCUCAUCUUGAUAUUUAUACAAUCUGAUAUUUCAUUACACUAUUUAAUCUAGCAAUAUCAUAGCGAAGGUCAUAAUUUGAAAUAUUAAAGAUAAAAAACAUGAGGUUACCAACUUGCCAAGGUAUAAAUAUCAGGGUUUGAAAUAUGAUAAGAUUUAAGUUCGGAUUCCUUAAUUUCAUAUUCUUUAAAAGCAUUAUCUACUCAAGAUCCAGCAACUAUAUAACAUUAUAUUAUACAUUAUCUUUAUAUCAAUCAGUGGAACAUAAAAUGUUUUUUUUUUCAUAUAAAUAAUCUAGUCGAGUAAAAUUUGUCUUUUUAAUUUUUAAAAUUAAUGCAUUGAGUAGUGAUGUUUUUUUGAAAAAUCAAUGCAACAAUAGACAACCUUUGAACCUAUAUAUAUACUAAUACCUCAUACAUUUUAAGCGCAAAUUUAAAAUUAUUAUACCAUUUUUUUACUGUAACAAUUGUAUGUUUUAACAUUUUGCAAGGGAUUUUUCAGAAUGAGACACAUAUUAUAGAAGUUUAAAAAUGAAAUUUGUGCAAUAUUUGUUCCAGACUUUUUUCAAUAUUCAUCAGCUUUUCUUUUACUUAAGAAUCCCACAAACAGACAAAUAAUCUGAAAUAUUUCGUCAUUUUUUCACUAUGUUUGAAUAUCGAACUUUCAAAAUCAUGAGAUCAUAUAAAUUUUACAAAAGGAAAAUCAAAACUUUUCUUCCAAAUCUGUUACUACAAAUCUGCGAAAUUUUCCGUAAAUAUGUUUCCGAUUUUACCAUUGCGGUAAAUUAUAAUUUGACUGUCAUUGUUAACUACUGGAAAAUUCUUUAAUCCACAUUUUCAGUAAUUUUUAAUAAAGCUUAUUAUUUCAAUGACAUAGGGUACAUCUCAAAAGAUUUAUGUUUAAAUUAGGUUAGAUAUAAAAAAGAAGAAAUAAAAAUUUCCUUACAUUUUCAGUAUGACAGUUUUCAUAAAUUUUGAGAAAGGGACUUAAGACAAAACCUUAUCAAUAUUAAAGGAUAAUUCGUAGAUUUUUCAUUUCAAUUUUUAUUCCCUUUUCCAAGUUUUUGAGAAGACCUUUCUAAAGUGACGGGAAAACUAAUUGUUUAUUGGAUAUGAAAGGAAUAAACCCAGAUCACACAAAAUUUAUGUUUUUAAUUUGCCAUGCAUAAAAGAUCUGAAAAACUGUUAAUAAUUAGCUUUCACUGAAGAUAACGCUUAACUUUCGUUUCUAAAGUAUUAACUUGCUACGGCAUAUAGUGAGGACAGACCCUUGAUCAAACGCAAUUUAUGAAAUAGGUCAGCUCUGAAAAAUGUUCUUGCAAAAUUUCUAUAAUCUGGAUAUCACUUUUGAUUACAUAAAGUGUGGACUAGGAAGACGACAUUUAAGUAUUCGUAUGUUGAUUUGAAAUAGUAACUUGAAUACUAUAGUUGUUUUCCUUCUCCAAAGUUAUAUGGGAAAACAAAAAUCAAAAUUUAGUUUUUGUGAUAAUAAGCUUAGGCUGUUCAAGUUCUCUAUCUGCAAAUCAUAUAAAGUUUAAAUCUAUGUAACUAUAUAUAUGUAUAUGUAACUACUUCUCUUAAUGUCCUAUUCUAACUGAUAAUAUUUUCCUCCCCCCCCCCCCCCCCCCCCCUUCACCAUAAUCAAAAGCUUUUAUUCGCCCAAUAUUUGGGUCAGAUUUAUUGGUCAUUUUUUAAUUCUUCUUAUUUUUUUUAAAAUAACGCGAAUACAUAAAAAAAA